CUGACAUGCGCGCUUCUUAUUUGCAUAGGAAAAUGGCGUCCACUACUACAACAAACUCAUGUGUUUAUAGUAAAUUUACAAUGGUUAUACACCAUAUCAACCUGUAAUGACAAAAGUCAGUCAGUGCUAUGCACACACUACGAGGGGCCUCCAAUGUAGAUAGGGAACUUUACGAGGCUAAGAAGUCUCGUAAAGCGGAGGUCUCGCUCCGAGGAGCAGAGUUAGAAAAGUUGCCGCUAAGUCUACUAUUGCCUCCAUUCACCAAGACUCUACAGAAGUUAGAUCUUAGCCACAACAACCUGUUGGAGAUUCCUGCAAGUCUUUGUAAGCUUCAUUAUCUGAAGGUGCUCUCAAUAGGUUGGAAUAAAUUGACAGAUCUUCCACCUGAGUUAGGUUGCCUUGCCUCUUUAGAAGUCCUUGAUGCAGCUCACAAUGGAUUACAUUAUAUACCAAAAUGUUUAUCAACACUUCUACAGUUGCAAACCAUCAAUUUCUCUGGGAAUAAAAUCUGUGAGAUUGACAAGCAGCUAUUACAGUUGCCAAAGUUACAAAAGCUUCAUCUUACAAAAAACUAUAUAACAAAUGUGCCAAAGGAUGUUAUCCUGUCAGGAUUACCAAAGUUGAGACAGUAUUUCCACAUUGAAAUCAAGCCAUCAGUAGUCUCAGUUUCUGAUGACUGUGAUACAUCCUUUUUAAAUGAUCUCCAAAAUUUAAGACUGACCAAUCAAACCAGCAGUCAUGUAAUAAAUGCCCCUCUUCCGCCAAGAUCUAAACUUGUGACCAGUGACUAUGGAUCUUGUUCACUUGAUCUCACAUCUGACUCGUUAUCUGAGGAACCAGAAACUGGAAGUUGUUAUGGGGAUUAUGGUAGUGACAGUGAUGCUGACAUUGAUACGGAAUCUGAACGUUCUCCACGAUGUCAUCAUGAUGACUGUUCAGAUUCAGACUCUGAAGCGGAAGAUUACUAUGAAGAGCGAGUUUUACGGGACAGAACAAAACUCAUAAAAUACAAAAAUGUAUCAGUAGUAAUUCCAGAGUAUAACAAAUGUGGAUUUCUACAAGAUGAGUUCAAAAUAGAUAUUUUAGAGGAUAUAUUUUAUACUCCAGAUACUGAUGAGCGUGCUGUGCAUGCAAGUCAGGUUUUAUCCAUAGAGCCUCAUGGGUCAAGAUUUUAUGAUACUGAUCCUGCCAUAAUCCAUAUCCCUUUAGGAGUGCUUAUUGAUUCAGAUGACCAAGUGAUCUGUCUAUGUAGUGACACAUGUGAAGGAGACCCCCCUAAUUGGCAGCCAAUGUGUAACAAAGACUACAAACUAAAUGAUAAAAAGAAUAGUGUCAAACUACGAACCAACCAUUUCAGUUUAUUCACGGUAAUAGCAGCUAAGCCAUACCCUGAGGCUAAGAAGCAUAUUGAUGCAAAUUUGGGUGGUGUGCUGGAAGUAGAUGAAGUAGAGGGGGUGCAGGUUCACUUCCCAAAAGGUGCACUCAAUUCUGAUAUUAAUGCCAGUAUUAAAGUAUUUUAUGGGGAUGAACCAUUUGGCUGCGAUAUAGCACAUGGGGAUAAACCAUUAGCAUUAGCUACUCCUGUUGUCAGAGUUGGCCCUCAUGGGUGUCAAUUCAACAACAGAGCUAGCCCUGUGAUAAUAAAGCUCCCUAUACCAGACUGCCAUGCAAUAAUGCGAAAACUGCAUGCUGAACCUACAUCUGGGUUGACAAUCUGGCAGAGUCAGACAGGAGAUGUAGACGACCUCCAAUGGGAACAAAUGAAUGUGGAUUACACCAUAGAAUGUGAUAAAAAUGCGAACUAUUUUGUAUGCAUUCCUAUAAGGCAUUUCUCAUGGUACAAAGCAUUAUGGGAUCUCCUUAGUUCUUCAGUACAAGAAGCGAAGAUUGGAGUGUCAUAUUUUUACCCCUAUGUACAAUUCUCAAUGAUGUGCCAAGCAUUCAUGCAGGAAAAUCCAGGUAGUAGCACCUUUGGUCUGGAGGUGAUAUGUUACCGUAGUGACAAGAAGAUGCCAGAGAUCGGCAACUACACAUGUCGUGUAGGAGGGACAAUCAAACCAAAGAUGGUCAGACCAGGCCAGUUGCAGAUUCGUUUAGCAUCAAAUGACUUUGAGGCAGACGUUUUGCAUGGAGAAGAUAUUACUCUAUCUAAAGUUGAACUGGAUUUCCGCGGGCGGGAAUUUGAAAAGCAAUUUGCAUGUAGAUUCAAGGGUGCAUCUGUUGACAAAGGAGUCUUUGGUAAAGUAUUUCUCGAGCGUAAAAUUGCAGCUAUCUUUACACCUUUACUGGAGUUUAAUCUCACGAAGUCUGGUGGUGAGGGGGAGAUGAUAUUGGACAGUACAGAUAGAUGGAGCUUGAGUGCACUGAAGGAACUCGCAACAAUGUUAGAUAUCACCAAAGAUGAUAACUGGAAACUAUUUGCCAAACACCUUGGUUUUACAAACCACGAAAUCCGUCACAAACUUGCAUAUACCAGUGAUGCAUUCGCAAUGAUCCUUGGUGCUUAUCAGGCACGUGGAGGGACCCCAGAGGAAUUCCUGCAGGGUCUGUAUGAAGUCAGCAGGAAGAUUCGUCUAAAUGGUGGAAGUACUGGGGAGAAUCUCGACCAGAUUGGCUUUAAACAGCGCUUCAGUGAUUCUGACGAUAGCUUCAGUGAUGGCUCUAUGCCAGGUCCAAGUGGGCUGAUGUCACCCCCAAGGAAACGUGGCUCGCACUCAGGAUUAGAUCGUAGCCCUCCAGCGACACCUAUGGGCAAACGGAAACGGAAAAACUCUGCUGGGUCUUUUACGGGAUCAAGUGAAAUGUCAGGUAUUCAUAAUGAGCAAGCAUGCAGGGAAAAUAAACGGGACCUUGAAAUCAAUGCCUUAUGGCAUAUAUCUGGCCAAGUAAACCAAAAUUGGAAAUCUUUGGGUCGGACGUUAAAUUUACCGGAAGAGGAGCUAGCCUCUAUAGAGCAUUCAAAUAAGGAUCUGAGGGAGUGCUGUUACCAGAUGUUCUUGAAAUGGAAGGAUCGUUGCCCCCAGCAAUGUAAGGUUGGAUUCAUGUAUAAAAUCCUCUGUGAUAACGGACUGAAAUCAGUAGCUCAAAAACAUUGUGCUCCAGAUUGAUUCAGAUGCAAAAUGACUGGUCACUCUCGACUGUAUAAUUCGACUGAAAUCAGAAUUCAGGAAUCAUGUAUGCAUGAAUGGUAGACUGAAGAACAACUAGGACUUGAUACAUCCUCAUAAAAAUGAUUCUCUUAAUAUAUACUUGCACCUUAAUUCCUUAUUCUCAGGGACUCUGUUUUGAUUGCAUUUUUUAAAAGAAAUGCAAUUGCUGUUUGUACCAUUCUUAAUACAGUAAAAUGUGUUUAAAGUGAACAGCUGUGGAACCACAAACUCUUUAGUGCUGGUUUUAUAAUGAUUUAGUCUGAAAAAAUACAACCGAAAUCCAUUUCAUACUGUUAGUGAGUUUAAGAUGUAUUUUCUUAAGUUUGCAAGUUGUUUCAUUGGUUCAUUGUUUCUUUGUUACCAGUUACUCUAGUCAGCUUUAUAUGAAGAAAUUUACCAAAAUGCAACAGAUGAUAUGGGAUUUCUACCAUUCUUCCAUUUUUUGUUUGAAUAUCUCGGUCUAAAAUCUCAACCUUUUUGCAUUAGCCUAUAGUUCCAGGUGUAGAAUACUCAGAAUUGUGCACUUUUCAUUCAUACAAAGAUGGCUCAUCAUCCUCGUAGAAGUAACACAUGUAACAUACCUUACUCAAUUUGAACAAAGCUUAAGUUAUGUAACCAUAUUAUUUUUGGGUUUGGAAUACAUAUAUAUUAUGCAAGUUUUGCACUGAACGAUAUCUAAUUUCCC